UGCUUUCCACUAAAGCAUGUCCAGCUUCCUGGUUUUUAGUUUGCAUGUUGAACACAUGCCCAAUUUCUGAAUGGUUGGAAAUUGGGCACCUGUUCCUUUAAAUAAGAAACGUUUCUUUCUAGAAUGAGUCAUCUCUGUUUUCCUUUUUUAGGAAUCAAGUUUAUUCUCUAGUGGUUUUUUGUAAAGGAAUUUUUUUUCUGUCUUGCCAAACACGAAGUUCUGCCCUUCUGCUGUAGGGCAGUGUUUUCACAGUUCUUUUGUCGCUUGUGAUUUUUUUUUUUUUUAAAGCCCCUGAUUUUGCUAGUAAAUUCUGAAUGUGGAGAACAGAGAAACAGGAAGUGAGCCCUCUGGAGAAGGCAGAAGAAUCUAUCUGGUGGAAUGAUCGAAAGUGAAAGAAAACUUCCUGGAGGCGUUUCCAUCCCUACCCUCUCAGUUUCAAGGGAUUUUUCUCUGGUUGUGUGGAUAAUCAGACUUAGGAAUUUGAGCGUGUGAAAUGAGGCAGUGUAAGGGUCUUGGCAUCGGGAGACUUGGUGACUGUGUUGCUGUAACAGGGUGGAGCAGGAAAGACUAUUCAGAGCACCCUAUGUGAGUCAGAGUUGAGUGAAAACAGGAAGUAGAGAGAUCUGUGUUCGUACUUCUCCAUUCAGCUCGCACUCUUGCCAUAAGUGCACCAGAGGAAAAGAAGCAGCCGUGUGGGUCCCAGGCCUGUGAAGAAGCAGCUGUGAAGGUCCCAGGAUUUGCCUUUGGUCAGGCUAUAACUACAUUCAAUUAACACUAGACAAACAUGAGUUUCAGCAGUUGUCUCUAUGAUAUUGGGGAACAUCUGGAUGGUGAUGACUUGGCUGCCCUCAAGUUCCUGAGCCUGGACUACAUCCCACAGAGGAAGCAGGAACCCAUCAAGGAUGCCUUAACGUUAUUCGAGAGACUCCGGGAAAAGGGAAUGUUGGAGGAAAGCAACUUGUCCUACUUGAAGGAGCUGCUGUUCCGAAUUAAUAGAAUGGAUUUGCUGGUCAAAUACCUGGACACCAGCAGGGAAGAGAUGAACAAGGAGCUUCAGACACCAGGCAGGGCUCAUAUCUCUGCCUACAGGGUCAUGCUUUUUCAGAUUUCAGAAGAUGUAAGCAAACUGGAAGUGAAGUCCUUUAAAUUUCUUUUGAGCCAGGAGAUCUCCAAAUGUAGACUGGAUGAUGACAUGACGUUGCUUGAUAUUUUCAUAGAGAUGGAGAAGAGGGUCAUCCUUGGGAAAGGAAAAUUGGACACCCUGAAAAAAAUCUGUAAUCAAGUCAACAAGAGCCUGCUGAAGAAAAUCAAUGAUUAUGAAGAAUUAAGCAGAGGUCUCAUUCCAGAUGUGUCUCAAUUGUAUGUGGGGGAGGGGUCGCUUGGGAUGCUGUCAAUGUCAGACUGCCCAAGAGAACACGGCUAUGAGUCACGAGAACAGGACAGUGAGCCACUACAGACAUCGGACAAAGUUUACCGAAUGGAAAGCAAGCCUCGGGGGUACUGUGUGAUCUUCAACAAUCAUGAUUUUAGCACAGCACGGAAGGAUGUGCCCAAACUUCACAGGAUGAAGAACAGAAGUGGAACCGACUUCGAUGCAGAGGCUUUGCGCAACACCUUUAGUAAGCUUCAUUUUGAGGUAGUGCAUCACAAAGAUUCAACAGCAAAGGACAUCUGUGAGAUUCUGAAAUCCUAUCAAAGCAUGGACCACAAUGAUAAGGACUGCUUCAUCUGCUGCAUCCUCUCCCAUGGAGACAAGGGCAUCGUCUAUGGCUGCGAUGGGCAGGAAGCUCCCAUCUGUGAGCUGACCUCUUACUUCACUGGUUUGAACUGUCCUUCCCUUGUAGGCAAACCCAAAAUCUUUUUUAUUCAGGCUUGCCAAGGGGAUAACUACCAGAAAGGUAUAGCUGUUGAGACAGACUCAGAACAGGAGGAAGCUUAUUUAGAAAUGGACUCAUCAUUUCAGAAGAAAUAUAUCCCAGAUGAAGCUGACUUUCUGCUGGGGAUGGCUACUGUGAACAACUGUGUUUCCUACCGAAACCCCAUGGAGGGGACCUGGUAUAUUCAGUCACUUUGCCGCAGCCUGAGAGAAAGAUGCCCUAGAGGUGAAGAUAUUCUCACCAUCCUCACUGAAGUGAACUUUGAAGUGAGCAAUAAGGACGACAAGAAAAAUAUGGGGAAGCAGAUGCCACAGCCUACUUUCACCCUGAGAAAAAAACUCUUCUUCCCUCUUAAUUGAUGCAUAACACUAUGCAUAAUUUAAUUGUAAUAAAGUGCUGCUAUUCCCCA